AUGAUUGUGAUCCACCGUGGGGGAGACCGCCCGAGCAUAUAUACGGCUGCCACAGGCCAUCCUUUUUGCCUGCUCGUCGAUAACCAGCUGAACUGCCCUCGUCUGCAUGCAUCUCGAUUCUCCAGCAAAACGAAGGGGGAGCGAAGCAAACAGUGCAAACAUGGUCAAAUUAGCGACACGGCACGCGCUAACCCGCUUCGGGCAUGGCUUGGCAAAGGCACAAGGCUCAAAAAGCUCAAAUCUCGUUUGCGAAUUUUCUUUUCCUUCUCUCGACUUCUCGCUUGGCUGCGCCCAACAUCCCAACAGCAAUGGAAAUAUGCCAGGAAUGGGAUCUCGGGCCGUGCGACUAAUGUAUGACAACAGGGCCCAAGACAAAUCACACGGAAGUAACAUCCGUACUGACCAAAGCAAAGAUGUCGUUUCAACUUCCUUUCGCUUCUGUAAGAUGCAAGCCUUUUCCUACUCGUCAACGGAACCUUCCAUAUGAUGAAUGGCACUGGGCUCCGACGGUUUCGUACAAACGAGCCGGCUCUUGAUGGACAUGCCCCAUUGUGGCAGGCCUAGAAAACCUCGCCCACUGAUUUUCGACUCAAGAUAGCUUUCUUGGUGGCCAUUGUUUUGCGCCUUUGGGAGAGUUGCUGACAUUGUCGCCAUUCAGAUCUUGAAGUGAAAUGAAAUAUGGAAUAUGAAGUGCUCUGUUUAGACACUUAGGUCUUCAGUUUCUUUAUAACCUCAGCACACGUAUAAUCCAUUUUAGAUCCCAGAGCUUGUGGUAUCAACACUGGCUUGAAUCUUUGAAUCUUGGUACUUCCAAUCCAACCCGUCAAUUUGCUGGCUUGGAAUGCAAUGAUGCAUUUCACUUGGGCUAGGUAAGGUAGAUGUGCCCCGUUCGAUAACAUCAUUUGAACUAUCUUAUCCCAAACUGCUCAAAAGAUCAACGGCGACCGUGACAUUCAUACGACCUAUGAAUGAACUGCUAUGCAGUUUAACAAUGUCUGACUCUCUGGAUCUUCGUCAAACCACGGUUGUAUGGUUGAGCACUGCUGAGGAUGUAGAGGCAACUAACUAGUUUUCCACGAAAACGUGCAAAAUGUUCGAAUCAGUAUCUCUCGAUAGCUAAGUAGGAUAGUUGAAACAAUGGAAAUUUUUACCUCC